AUGUUGAUUCCAAAGGAAGAGAGAACCAAGAUCCACAGACACUUGUUUCAAGAGGGUGUGAUUGUCGCCAAGAAGGACUUCAACCAGCCAAAGCACGAUGAGAUCGACACCAAGAACUUGUACGUCAUCAAGGCCUUGCAGUCCUUGACCUCCAAGGGCUACGUCAAGACCCAGUUCUCCUGGCAAUACUACUACUACACCUUGACUGAGGAAGGUGUUGAGUUCUUGAGAGACUACUUGCACUUGCCUGAGAACAUUGUCCCAGCUACCUACUUGCAAGACAGAUCUCAGGAAACCCAAAGACCACAAAGAAGAUACUAA